AAUCGUAACCUCAGGUGUCAAGGACAUCUGCAUCAAACACCUUUCACCAAAUAUACCCUCAAUGGUUCCAACAUCCGCAACGUUAAUUGGAAAUGCUACCGAGAGGCAGACGAUAGCUACAGUUUGCCAGACUUGUACUACUGGUCUGUUUUCGCGAGACUCCUUCUCCAAAGCUUGGUCUUCCAGAAGUCUCUAUGAUGGGUUUUCCUAUCAUACGACGUGGGAACAAAUAUGUGCUUCAUCAAGCCAAGGUUGUAGCUGGUGUUCUCUACUUCUAGCUUCCAAAGAUGAUACGAUGGUUCGUGAAGACUUGCCCCAAAUUACCGUGGGCAUUAGUCCGUCUAGAAACAAAGGGGCCACGCCAUAUGGGGUGCAAGUACUGAAGUUAAUGUUUAACAACAUUCCAAACUCGACAUUCUAUAUAUACACAAUUGCUAACAACCCUGCUUCGGACUACAUCAUCGCUAGAGAUAUUCUGCUCAAAGUUUCGUCCCCGACAACGUGUAAUCUCGCCUUCGAAUGCAUGAAUGAGUGCAUACUUCAUCACAAACACUGUCCCAAACCCCAACACGGCGACCUCCCCACCCGCGUCAUCGAUUGUUCUGAUCCAAAGGGACCCACCUUGGUGAUCACCGGAGGACUGAAAGACCUCUACGUUGCGCUGAGCUAUGUGUGGGGAGAAUCACAACCAAAUUGCACGACCACCCAGAACCUCAGUUCCUAUUUGAAGAAAAUCAAUGCCGAUCUGUUACCACAAACAACCAAAGAUGCAAUCACAACUACAUGUGCUUACGGGCUACGCUAUCUCUGGGAGAUUCUUUCUGUAUUCUACAGGACUCGCGCGCAGACAAGGAUCGCGAGAUCGCGCAGAUGCGCAGGAUCUUCCGAGAUGCAUACAUCACUAUCAUAGCUGCGAGUGCAUCCAAAGGAUUAUGAUGCUUUCACCUGUCUGGCGGCAAUACAAUGGACUCUCGGAG